CUCCCCCAGUCCAAAGACAUGCACGGUAGGCUGAUUGGCAUGUCCAAAGUGUCCGUAGUGUAUGAACGGGUGUGUGAGUGUGUAUGUGAUUGUGCCCUGCGAUGGAUUGGCACCCUGUCCAGGGUGUACCCCGCCUUGUGCCCGAUGCUCCCUGGAAUAGGCUCCAGGUUCCCCCGCGACCCUGUAGGAUAAGCGGUAUAGAAGAUGGAUGGAUGGUAUUUGUUUGUUUGCCAUUUGUUUUCUGUACAAAUAAUUUCUUAUUUAUAAUAAUGUAUACUUAUUUCAUAUAAAAUGGAUUGUUUUAUGUACUUUUCCGUAAGCUGUUGAGCGUUUGGUCUCAAAUUUUUUAUUUAUUUAUUUAUUCAUUCUUUCUUUUGUUUACUUAUUUUGUAUUAUUUGAUUUAUUCUGUAGUCCUAUCUAUCUAUUCUAUGUUAUUAUUAUUAUUAUUAGUAGUAGUAGUAGUAUUGUUGUUGUUUUUCUUGUUGUUGUCUGUAAGGAAGAGCUAAACUAUUCUCUCAUUUCAGGUAAAAAAAAAAUAGUACUGACUAUCAACAAAACAUUUUUUGUCAUAUUCUAAUAAUUUCUAGUUUAUUUACUUAGACUAGGAUAAAUAGUUUAUUAAGGCUGGUAUCCUCUUUUACAUAGAGAGAGAGAGAGAGAGAGAGAGAGAGAGAAAGAGAGAAAGCAUGAGAGAAAGAGAGUGAGAAAGAGAGAAAGAAAAAGAGAAAGAGUGAUUGAGAGAGUUAGAAAGAGAGAGAAAGAGAGUGAGAAAGAAAGAGUGUCUGUGAGACAGAGAGGGAGAGAGAGACAGAGAGAGAGAGGGAGAGACAGAGAGAGAGAACUUUUUUCCUCCACAUUUCUGGAGUUCAGUUAAAUGUUGCUUUUCACCAAUAGAUGGCGCUAACAACAAACGUUCACUGUAACAGGAUGGACAUGUUGCCAUGGACACCAUGGAGUUUGUCAAACUGGACUGACUGCAACAUAUUUAGAACCCGUUCACUUUUUAUUUUUAUAGUUUCGACAUUAUAUCUAAAUUAUAAUAAUCAACACACGAUUUAAGAGCACUUUCUGAUCCGUGAAGUAAUAUCUGGCCAUCAUUACCGCUUGCAGUUAACGUUUCGCAUCUGGCUGAAUCUAAAAUGUCCCCCUAGUGCACUACAUAGGGCGUAGACGCCAUCAUUUAAAAAGCACGGUCUGUAGUGCAGCUUUAUAGGGAGCACAGAGCUAUUUGAGAUUUGGCCUUCAUGUAUUACACUUUAGUUAGUCAAGUCCCAUUUAAACGGCGUAGGGUUAAAUAUCAAAAAUCUAAAAGGUGUGCUUCAUACCUGCCACCUAGUCGAACACUUUUACAGUUGGUUGUGUGACUAUAAGUCAUUCCCUUCAAAUGCUACUGAAGUUAGAGACGUGUAUAACAAUGUCGUAUGUAACUUUAGCGACGGUCCCUUAAUUUCCGCGAAUAUCGAACUUUAUUCCAGUCUAUUUGCAGCUGUUCUUAUUUACCCACGACAUACGUCGGAAACCGUCUAUGAAUUACUACGCCGAUUAAAUGUCUCCUGAAGUAACGUUUUGAAACCUAAAGCAAAUUAAACGUAUUUAAUAUGUUAGUUAUGCGAGCUGUUUGCUAACGUUCGGGCAAAACAAAAAAAACGUAGAAUUUUCAUUGGUCAACUAGAAAGGCAGGAAGCGUUUGAUUGGUACACGUCUUAUCGCGUAUUGGAUGAAGAAGGUGUCAAUCAAAACUCUUUCUUACCUCUGAUUGGCUGCGUCAACUGUUAAUCUCGCCCGAACGCAAACCCGAGUUUGUAUCGAGGCGGUUAAACACCAAACGCAGGUUUACUUCCUGUUUUCGUGCACUACUUAGGGUAUGGAAUAAAGGCUACGACGGCGUACAUAGUGGACUCUUGUAGAAAUGUGAGCGCGGUUUCGGAUACAGCGCACGGAGUUCAUAGAAACGAGAUUAUAAUGUCGUCCCCUGAAGUGCAAUGGGAUUAAACGAGGCGUUUGGCUCGAGCACAACUUCAACACAGACAACCAGAAAAUGUGAAAGCCUGAUUAAAGAAUCGUCCACCACAUCAGUCGUGCAGCAGUAGCAAUGGAGAGGAGCAAGCGCAACUCCAUCGCCGGGUUCCCCAUGCGGCCUGAUCGGCUGGAGGACCUGGACGGAGGAGCGUUCGAGGCAGAGACAGGCCCCGCCCAACCAGACAGGGUGUGUCCGUCUUCCUACCGUGCCCUCAUCAGUGCCUUCUCCUGCCUGACGCGCCUCGAUGACUUCAUUUGCGAACGGAUCGGCUCCGGCUUCUUCUCGGAGGUCUAUAAGGUGCGUCACAAAGCCUCAGACCAGGUCAUGGCUCUGAAGAUGAACAAGCUGAGCAGUAAUCGAGCCAACAUGCUGAGAGAAGUGCAACUUAUGAACAGACUCUCGCAUCCCAACAUCCUCAGGUUCAUGGGAGUUUGCGUGCAGGAAGGUCAGCUCCAUGCCCUCCUAGAGUACAUCAACGGUGGGAACUUGGAGCAGCUGCUGGACAGCAACAAGUACCUGAGCUGGACCACGCGGGUCAAACUGGCGUCGGAUAUCGCCAUGGGUCUGGCCUACCUGCACUCCAAGGGCAUCUUUCACAGAGACCUCACCUCCAAGAACUGCCUGAUCAAAUCAGAUGAAAACGGCUACAUCGGCAUCGUGGGAGAUUUCGGGCUCGCAGAAAAAAUCCCCAGUCAUGAGGUGGACGGAGAGAAGCUGUCGGUGGUGGGUUCUCCGUUCUGGAUGGCUCCCGAGGUCCUGCGAGACGAACCGUAUAACGAGAAGGCUGACGUCUUCUCCUACGGCAUCAUCUUGUGUGAGAUCAUCGCCAGGAUACAGGCCGAUCCCGACUACCUGCCUCGCACCGAAAACUUCGGGUUGGAUUAUCACGCGUUCCAGCACAUGGUCGGAGACUGUCCUCCUGACUUCCUGCAGCUCGCCUUCAACUGCUGCAACAUGGACCCGAAACUCAGGCCUUCGUUCCCGGAUAUCGUGAAGAGGCUGGAGGACGUCCAGCGGCGUCUGAGAGUCGAAGAUGGUGACAGGGACAGGAUCCAUAUACCAGCAGAGAUGGAUAAAAAGAGCAUAGCUAAAGGUGACAAGUUCCAGGGUAUAAAGAGGCUGAACCCUCUGGUUCUACAGGACGAUAAAAUCCCGCCCAAAUCACCUCGUCCACGGCGCAACAUCUGGCUGUCACGCAGCCAAUCAGACGUCUUUUCCCGCAAACAUGGCCGCAAGGUCAACGUCCAGGACCCUUACUACAACCCCGGACCACGAGGAGCCGCCAAGGUCAACCCUUUCAGCGCUCGCGAGGACCUCAAGGGCGGUAAGAUCAAGUUCUUUGACAUGCCCAGCAAGUCGGUGUUCUCGCUCAUGUUCGACUUGCACUCGCCGCGAGGCAGCAUGAGCACGUACCAGCCUCAGACAAACGCCUGUCCCGAACUGUGGCAGCUUCCAGGACGACAGUGCCACUCUCUGCCCGUGUCUCCACAGCAGGAGCUCUCCGAGGCCUUCGGCGCGGCGAGAAGCGAGGGCGGAGACGCCAGGCCUAAAGCGCUGAGCGGCUGGGCGAAGAAAUACGCCGUGCCCGAGAUCCCGCCGUACAGACCUAGAGAGGCUACGAGACCGAGGCCGGAGUCGGACGAGAGCGAGGAAGCCAUGGACUGCUCGAGUAGCAGAGGCAGCUUCUUCGACGACGACGACAAGGAGCGAAACCGGCUGCCCAACGGAAACAGUGAGGACAUGGAAGCCGAGGACGAAGAGAACGCGUCCGGACCGUUCUCCCUGACCAGCAGGAACCCGCUUCCUCCGAGCGCUCCGGCCGAGCCCCAGGAACCGCGCUCCGUCGUCCUCGCGCCCUGCCGUGCCUCCGCGUCGCCCGACCUCCUGUCCCGAUGUGACAUCUGAGACGACGCCCAUCGUCUUAUCGUACUAUUUAACACUUAAAAGAUGUUUCUGGGGGGUUUUUUUUCUCGAUGAGAACACGGCGUGACGUUUCCAACCGGACCGUUCCCUACAGAUAAAACACAGAGAGAGAGCGCGAGAGAGAGCGCGAGCGAGAGAGCGAGCUCACGCAGAUGGAGAUCAGAUGAAUGAUUGAAUGAAUGUAUUUUUACGAGCACUAUGUUUAUCUUAAUCGGACAAACACUUUCUGUGACUCGCAAAAACUGCGAUAUAAACCCCCCCCCCCCCCCCCCCCCAUCGUAAAAGCUAGAGAUAACAGAAUUUUUUUUUUUUUUUUUUGUUCCGGGUAUUUAAACAUCAUUACAGCUACUCGCUCGUAAUUUUGCACUGUUCUGCGUCUCCUCUUAACGAGCACACCUGAUCGCUGGAAGAGAUUCAAACAUUCCUAACGCGCAGUUCACCUGUUUCUGAGCGAGUGUUACUCCUGCAGAGACAAAAGCUUAGUCUUGAAAAAAUAAAUAAAUAAAUAAAUAAAUAAAUAAAUAAAUAAAAAGUCCAUGUCUGUAACUACUUUUUUAGUAAAUUGCACUUGAAGCGAGGAACCCGAUGGGUUAAUCUUUUUUAAUCUUGUCGUCAUCGUUGGAUUUGUCACUACAUUUCUAUGCAAUAAAUCUAACCGAAGCAGACUAGUUUUAUAGUAAUCUAGAGAGAGAGCAAGCGAGCGAGAGGCUCGAUUUUGAUAUUUAUGAGGAAGAACGAGUGUUUUUACCAUGUCUUACUUUCCCUGCUCUUAAUUUGAACUGUGUGUAAAGUGUAUUAUUAUUAUUAUUAUUAUUAUUAUUAAUACAGUUCGAUAAGCACAAGCGUAUGUAAAUGUCGUCUGACGUCUCGAUGUUGUUCGUCCUGGCUGUUUUCCUCGUCACACAGGUUUGCAUUUGAUGCUAAGAGAUGUAUAAUUUCUACCAAAGACAGAUCAGGACCUCUUUUUUUUUUUUUUUUUCCAUUCAUAUGGCAUCAGUUUUGUGUUUUGUUUUGUUUUGUUUUGUUUUUUAAAUGUUUAAGUGCAUGUAUGUAUAUUCAGUCAUUUAAAAAACAAGAAUAAUAAAUGAUUUGCUUUUGUGUCUGUA